AUGCUGGAAGCCUUCGUGUCUUGUUCCGGGCAGGUUGAGUUCGACCAAUGUCAAUUGUCGAACAAGUCCAGGACGCCGAGCCUGGAAGUCCAGCUAUCCGCAAGCUCCCGAAGUCUGAAGAGAACCAUUCAGUCAAUGGACUCUGAGGCAAGCUCCCGCCCCGAAAGCUUGGAACAUGAAAGCAGGGACUAUUCGAGACACCUGAUGGUCGGAGCGGCCCAACGACGGCCAGUCGGCUUGCGACAGGGAAUUAUCGACGGCUUUCUGCCAUGUCCCGAGCUACGGGCCCUCCUUACCGCCAGCCUGGCCCCGGGCGCGGAUUGCCAAGCCAGGGCGUCGGGACCCGUUACGGCCGGUUCGGGACCAGACGCCGCACCGACAUGGAUAUCUCUUCGGCUUCGUGCAGUCAGUGGGCCUACCUACGUUUAUUCAGAACUUCGGAUGGCACCAAAUACCUAG